AUGUCCAGCCUGAAAAAGUUAUUACCCCAGGAGGGUACCUCUUGCUCUGCGGGAGGAGAAUCCCUCCGUGCGGUCGAGAAAUCGGCCGCACGCUGCCCCUCGUAUUCUGGGGGGGGCACAAGCUGUUCCGGGAAAGAGUCCGAGAAGGACGGGGAGAAAAGGAAGAGGUCCACAAGGGACGAAAGAGAAACGGUGCAAAACGAAGACCGCAGGAGAGAAAGCAGCGUUUGCUCGGAGGACAGCAUGGUGGUCAGCUCCUGCUGUUCAUCACCAAAGAGAACGACGCGCAAAAGGGCAAAAGGCUCGAAGAACGCAAGCUCCGACAGCAGUACCGAAUCGGAGGCGUCUAGGUCAGGAUCGUUGGUGUCCAGGACCAGACCAUCGAAGAGAGGCCGAGGUCGUCCUCCAACGACCGGCCAAUACGUGGGAUUGGCGGCGGCGAAGCAGGCAUACUUAAAAGCUCAACGUGAAGAGCUGGAGCUUCGCGCUGAACAGGAGGUAGUGGAAAUCGUGCACAACCUACGUGAGAAGAGGCGCGCAGUACAUUUAAUAUCCGGGAACAUAACAGCAGAUCCCGCGACUAGGCUCCAGGAGACCGCCCAGAUGGCCCUUACCAUCGCGGCGAAAGCGCGCAACCCGAAGGGGACGUACAUCAAAGCCCUUAAGGAGAUGGCCACAACAAUAAAGGAGGCCAAGGAAGAUCUAGCUUCCAGAUCCUCCAACGAGGAAACCCUGAGGCUGCAGGCACUCAGCGAGAGACAGGAGGCGGAGAUCCUGCAGCUCAGGAAGGAAGUAGAGGACGUAAGAGCGAAAAUGGUGCGCCUCGCUCAGACGACAGCGCAGCUCACUCCCGCCCCAACACUGCCAAACGAAGACGACGAGCGACACCUGCAGAUAAUCAUGCGAGCAGUCGGGUCCAUGCUGGACGCCCGACUCGAGGGUCUGGAGGCCCGUCUACUCCCAGAGCCUCGCUUGCGACCACCUUUGGCCGCUGACGCAAGAAGGAGGAGCAGAGAGAGCGAAAUCGAUCCAGACACUGCAGGUCUUGUGUCGGAGGCGACGCCGCCUUAUGCGGCUCUGCCCCAGCUUGAGACCAACAAGAAAGUGAAGCCCAAGAAACAGAAGGGCAAUAACAAGAAGACGACGCCGUCAGCUCCACCCGAGCCGCCAGCUCCACCCGAGCCGCGCGCAUUCCCUCCGGCCCCCGCUGCCCUUACGGUCAGUUGGGCGACCGUUGCGCGUAGAGGAGCACGGCCGAGAAGGGAAAAGGAGCCAGCACCGACGACCAACGCGGAAGGCCAACGAGACAGAAACCCUGCCCCGCUCAAGCCUAAGAAGAAAGGUAGAAAGAAGAGACUUCGAACUCCGCGCUCGCAGGCCGUUAUUCUGAGGCUGCACCCGGAGGCCAUCGAAAAGGGGCUCUCCUACCGGGAGGUGCUCGCCGAGGCGAGGGCCAGCAUCGACGCCGGAGCCUUAGGGAUCCCCAUCGAGAAGGUCCGGUCAGCAAUAACCGGAGCCAAAAUACUCAUAGUGAGCGGCGAGGACCAGAUCGCGAAGGCCGACUUGCUGGCCGAGAAGCUCAAGGAGGUUCUCUCUUCCAAGAGAGAGAUAUGCACCGAGCUUGCGCGCAUCGGCGAAUGCUCCGUCGAUGCAGUCAAGGCUGGCUCUAUCAAGCCCGGAUCCGGAAGAAUGGGCCAGGUUCUCGUUCGUUGCCCGAUAGCAGCGGCGAAGAAGAUUGUUACAGUGACGAAGCUGCGCAUCGGGUGGAGCGUUGUUCGCGUCCACCUGCUGGAGGCCCGGAGGCUACAAUGCUUCCGCUGCCACGCGUUGGGCCAUGUGGGUGCGCGGUGCCCGUCGUCGGUCGACCGCAGCCACGACUGCUACCGGUGCGGACAGACCGGCCACGUGGCAUCCGGAUGCACACUGGCACCGCGAUGCGCCGUCUGCGCCUCCGCCGGGAAACCAGCGGACCACACUUCGGGGGGCAAGGCCUGUGCAAGGCCCCCGAGAAAACCGAGGAGAGAGGACGUCGCUGCACCCGCGGCCGCACCCGUUGCUGCAGACCGAAGUCAACUCGGCGAGACGACGACUCCGAUGGACGUCCAGCCUCCGUCGGGCACAAGGAAGACCGGGGCUUUAUGA